GCUCCACGCCAUCCUCCGCCAUGAGUUUAAUCGGCCAGCAAGAUUGCAACGGCGAGGCGGCGGCUGCCGCAGUUUCCGUCGGCCUGACGGAUGGGAGAGGGCGGGGGCUGUUCGCCACGGCAGACAUGAAAGCGGGAGCAACCAUCUUGAUCGAGAGGCCACUCGUCGCCAUGCAAAGCCUCGAUAACGCCCUAGACGUGACCGUCUGCCGAAACUGCCUUGGCUUCGCCGGCGACGUCAUCUCCCAGCUCGAUAUUUUGACGGGGCUCAAUCGACCUGAGUGCCUCGCACGAUACAAGGCUCGCCAACGGUGUUGGGAUUCCAACGGCCACGACGAUCAGACUGCCCCAGCGCACAAGCUAUCGGGGUUGUAUGAGUGCCUCGGGGGCUGCGGGGAAGUGUACUGCUCGCCCCGCUGCAGAUCGGAGCACUGGGAGCGGUGCCACCGCCUCCUUUGCGUCGGCCCCGUGCCGGACGAGGAGGCACAAAGCCACCCGCUUGUUGAGUUUCGGGUACACGCGAUGCAAACCAACGAGAUAUUUCUCCUUGUGGGAGAGGUGAUGGCACAGAUCGCGACCGCAUUUACCGAGAAGGUGCGGGCCAAGCCCGGCGGCGGCAGCGGCAGCGGCAGCGGCAGCGGCAGCGGCAGCGGCAGCGGCGAUGUCGACGACGAAAUUUCCGCCGCCCGUGCUCCUUUCGCGGAUUUCGUUCAAGAGCCCUGGUGGGACGUUGCCGUCGCUAGGGACGGGCGCGACGCAACAGAUGGGUCAUCGCUGCCACCCUGCACAUCCGAGGACGGCUGUAGCGGUGAUGAAAACUCCUGCGCCGCCGCUCUACCGGGCACCCUGCGAGCCCUGUGUGGAGAGUCAUCGGCGCUGCUACGCCGGGCCUUCGCCCGUGCCCUCGGACCCCUGCCGGCGCCCCUAGAGCAGGCCCUCAUGACCGAGAUGUUCGGCAGGGUGGUCGGCAUGUUCGAGCAGAACAACGUCGGCGUCCGCGCGCCGUCCCCGAUCCCCGAGGUACUUCGGGAACUGCUUUCUGCGUCGAGCGAGGGUAAUGAUGAUUGCCCUACGAGAGGAACGUCGCGGGAUGUGCUGGGGGAGGUAGCGCGGCUGGUGGGCGAAGUGAUGGACGAGGAGUAUGAGGAAGAGGAGGAGGGUGAUUUACAGAUGAUCUGUCCCGUUGCGCCGAGAAAAUGUGUUCCUGGAGAUGGUGCGUUAGAAGAGUCAGGGAUGGGCCAAGGGGAGGCCGAGACGAUACUCAAGGCAGCAAUCGGCGGUGAUGAGGAAGGGGACGAAGUUGUGUCGUUGUUCCCCCCCCUCGACGGGACCGCGCUGUACCCCCUCAUCUGUUGCAUGAAUCACUCGUGCCGGCCCAACUGUCUCGUGCGCUACCCGGGGAGAAGGCGAGAGAAGAAGGCUACGGUGGACCCUGAAAAUGCGGCGGUUGCGAGUGCCGCGAGCGCUGAUCCCCUGGUUGCGGAUGUGGUGCUUUUGGAAGACGUGCCCGCUGGGGAGGAGCUGACUCAAAGCUACGUCAACAGAGACAUGGGUCUUGUCGAGAGAAGGGAUGCGCUAGAGGAUUACGGUUUUCUUUGCACGUGCCCCCGCUGCUCGGAAGAGGAAGCCAUAGCCGUGGCGUCAUCAUGAAGUGAAGUGGCAUGUGUGGCCAUGUUGUACAUACGCCGACAUCAAAAGUCAGGUCGUUGUGGGCUUCUUCGAGGUCAAAAAUGUUCCUACACGCAGUCGGUGUUGGGUGUUCCUCAAUAGAACCAGGUGGCUGGUGCCUCGUGACGGUUCGUCUUGUGCGUUCUUGCCUCCCGCGGUGGCGGGACGGGUGGUGGAAUCGGCGAGCACGUUUCGAAUGUUGCUUGUCUUGGCACUGCUGUGUCUGAUGAGGAUGAAGCUAUGUUGUGGUAUCCUAUCUCCUUGUGUUUACCCCUGAUGAGCGUUGUUGAGUUGAAAUAGAGAUGCAAGCAAAGCGUUGUUGAUAAAGGUAGAAAGCCCCCGGGCAGCGCAGGGAAGGCUUAUCUACCCCCGCGAUGGGGUGUUGAGCCGCACUGAAUAGGCGUGAGAAGUAGACUCGCUUGACGACAGACCUCAAGCCGAGUUAGAGCUAGUUCCGCUAAAUUGUUAAGGCCCUGAGGAAAGCGGGAAAAAACCGACCGCUGCGUUCACCCACCUUUCCUUUGAUGUGUCUCAAACAACGAAUGCUGUUGCUAUUGAUUGACUUUGAAGCAGCAUUGGGCAGGACAAUCACUGCUGCUGUACACCUGGGAAGUGAUAGUAACAUUCCACGAGGGACGCUUCAGCCAUCCUUUUUUUACGUAGCACAAGUGCAUGCUACCGCCGCCCCUUCCAACCUGCCGGAAUAUCUGGGACGGUUUUUCCGCUGAGAGCAGAGAAUGAUGUGGCCAUCGAUUGUGCCGCAAGU